CCGCAGGGCGGGCACAGCCGCAGGGGGCUCCCGGCCCUCCUCCUCCUCCUCCUCCUGCAGCCCGGCGGGGGGAGAGCGGCCGCCUCCAGGCCCCCCGUCCUUGCCUCCCGGGCGCCCCCCCCGCCGCAUGGUCCCCGCCGCUGCCAUGAGCCAGGCCCCGGCCCCCCGCGGCGCCGCCCGGCCGGGGAGCGAUGCCCGCAGCGAUGCCCGCAGCGCGGCCCCCGGCCGGGGCCCCGGCAGAGGGAUGCCGCCGCCGCCCAGCCUGCCCCAGCUCCUCCACAACGCUGCCAAGCUCCUGGAGAAGAGCCCGUUCUCCGUCGGCACCCCGAGCCCCCUGCUCCCCUCGCCGGCCAGCCUGCAGCUGGCCCAGCUCCAGGCGCAGCUCACGCUGCACCGGCUGAAGUUGGCUCAGACCGCCGUCACCAACAACCCGGCCGCCGCCACCGUCCUCAACCAGGUGCUCUCCAAAGUGGCCAUGUCCCAGCCACUCUUCAACCAGCUGAGGCACCCCUCCGUGAUGAACGCCCCACCGGGACACACGGCCGGGGGCCCUCCGCCGGGGCCCGGCAUCGCUAGCACGAGGUUCCCUUCCAGCAGCAUCGCCUUUCCCGCACAGAGCCCGGCCUUGGCUGCGCCGGGGGGCGGCCUGGGGCCGGUGCAAGCCCAGGCCCCCAACGCCAUCGUCAUGAGUCCCUUUGGAGGCGUCAUGGCUCCCACCUCCGGCCAGCAGCCUGUGGUUGUGGGUCUCAACAAGGCAGGACCUUCUGCUGCCGCUGCCGCAGCAGCAGGGGGAUUUUAUGAAUACAACAAGCAAAAUGUCGCUGCCCCACAAGCCUACACCUCGGAGGGGGAUCCGCCUGGCCAGCAUGGCUUUCCCUCCGCAGCAGGGGCUCGCUAUGAGGCACCCUUCAGCACUGCCAGUCCGCUGAAGCACGAGGCGCCGGCGGGGUUCCAGAAGGAGGCCUUCGGAGCGGCACCGUCCUUCCCCAGCGACCCACACACCAGUGCUCAUCCAAAGGGAGAUCCCGGCCCCAUCUUGCAUGGCACUGGUACAAGCAACCAGUGGGAAAAUAUCCCUAAUUUCUCUGGCCAAAACAAGCCUGACCUCCUGCCCAGCGACAGCAUGUGGCCAUCAGCAAGCCAGCAGCCGUAUGAAAUAAGAAACGAGCUGUACAACCCCGAAGAACCGACACCUGACACAAAGUUUAGUGCGGCCGCGGCCCCGGCGUUCGGCAGGCUCAACAAUAGCAAGCAGAGCUUCGGCAGCCCCCGGGUGAGGCAGAAUGAGGAGCUGAGCGCCGGCACGCCCGAGCUGCCCAUGCGGCCGCUGCAGCCCCACGAGCUGAACGACUUCCACGGCGCGGCCCCCCUCCACUUCCCCCACGUCUGCGCCCUCUGCGACAAGAAGAUCUUUGAUCUGAAGGACUGGGAUCAGCACAUUAAGGGAAGUCUUCACAUCCAAAAAUGUAUGGCUUUUUCAGAUAACACUGGUAUCCGGUGUGUGUUAAGUUCAGCAGAUGGAACAUUGCAUUUAUCACCAAAUAAUGCAGCAGUUUUCAAUCCAUCUAGUAUUGAAGAUUAUCCUCCAAAUGUCGGCUCAUCUUUUAUCACAACGUCAGCAAGAUCCUUUGGCCAGCCAGGUCCUACAUUUUCUUCUCUUCCAUCAGGGGUAAGAUUUCCCCAGAGAAAAUCUACAUUGGGUCGAGUUGUUCACAUCUGCAACCUCCCCGAGGGAAGCUGCACAGAGAAUGAUGUCAUUAACCUGGGCCUUCCAUUUGGGAAGGUCACCAACUAUAUCCUCAUGAAAUCCACUAACCAGGCCUUUCUGGAAAUGGCUUACAGUGAAGCAGCACAAGCCAUGGUGCAGUACUACAAAGAAAAACCUGCUAUGAUAAAUGAUGACAAGUUACUUAUUAGGAUGUCUAAAAGAUACAAGGAAUUGCAGCUGAAGAAACCAGGUAAGAACGUGGCUGCUAUCAUCCAGGACAUCCACUCACAGAGGGAGAGAGACCUGCUGCGUGAGGCAGACAGCAGGUAUGGCUCAGAGAGGCCCCGCUCUCGCAGCCCCAUAAGCCGCUCCUUGUCACCCCGAUCCCACACUCCCAGCUUUACUUCCUGCAGUUCACCCCACAGCCCGAUGGGGACCAGCAGGACCGACUGGGGAAAUGGAAGAGAGUCGUGGGAUCAGUCCCCGUAUUCCCGACGGGACGAGGAAAGAGACAGCAGAGAAUGGCGAGAGAAUGGGGAUGAGAAGAGGGAUAGGACUGACACGUGGGUACACGAGAGGAAACAUUAUUCCCGACAGCUGGACAAGUUUGAUUUGGAUGAACGGAUUGAAGGAGGCAGAGGGCACAGAGAAAAAUAUUUAAGGAGUGGUUCUCCUGGCUCUCUUCACCUUAUGUCUGGCUACAAGAUUAGGGAAGAUGACUAUUACCGAAAAGCCUCUAAGUCAAAAUCUGACAAGUUUCAGAGACAGCUGCAGGAGCUGCCUGGCAGAUCUAAGAGAAAGGAAGAGGCAAAGUUAAGGGAACGCAGGCAUUCUUACAGUGAGGACGCUGCUAGGGAGGAGAUGGCCGAACAGAAGCAUAGCAAAGCCUCUGAGGGCUCCAGGCAGAAACAAAGCGAGAAGAAUAAAGUGAAGAAAGCGGAAAAAGACCAAGAAGAAGAUGCUGCUGCUGAAGGCAGUGACUUGAAGGAAACCAAACCUGCAGAGAAUAAGCUUGGAAAAGAGGAGGAAAAUGCAGAGAAGAGCUCACCUUCAGCUAAUAAACAAAGAAGAGAAUCUGGAGAGAUUCUGGAAAACGCAAGAAAAGAGAAGGACCAAGACUGGGAGAGUGGAAGUGAGAUAGAAGGCGAGACCUGGUAUCCUGCUAACAUGGAGGAGUUAGUGACAGUAGAUGAAGUGGGAGAAGAUGAUCUAAUUAUGGAGCCUGAUAUAACUGAGCUUGAAGAAAUCGUACCAGUUGAUCAGAAAAGUAAAGCUGCUUCAGAAAUGUGUCCCUGUAUGACAACCAUGUUAGAACUGAAAAAUGACCAUAGCCAUUUAACCAGGAGUGAAGACAAAUUUGCCCACAAAGCUUUAGAAACAAACUUCAGAUCAGCAAAGGGUAGUGUAGCUUCUAGCGUCUGUCAGGAUGAAGAAGAAGAGGAUGAUAAUGAUGAUGCUGUAACUGAAGCAUCAAGCCUAAAUCUGGACCCUGAGCAGAAGCCAGAGGAGUCACAAGAAGACCAACCUGCUAAGAAUCAGCAGCAGAAGGAAGAAAAAAAUGAUAAAACCUCUGACACUCAUUUAGAGCCUGAAGAUCACCAUAUACCUUCUGUUCAGCUGAAAGAAGAGGGUCUCCAGCUCCCGGAUACAUUUAUAGAUGAUUACAAACAGAUGGAAUCACAAGGAGCUGAGAGCAGAGAAGUUAUGGAAAUGCUUGUUAAAAAUGCUAGUGAAGAAACAAGACAGGGAAGCCAAGAGUGUCCAGAGGCAAAUUCUAGGUACCUGGAAAUGAGAUCUCUCGAGUACCCAGAAGUAGAGCCUAGAAGAAGGCACUCUCCGCCAGGCUGGGAACAGGAGGACGUCUUCACCGAACUCAGCAUUCCCCUGGGUGUGGAAUUCGUGGUGCCUAGAACUGGCUUCUACUGCAAGCUCUGUGGACUCUUCUACACAAAUGAAGAGACAGCAAAGACAAAUCACUGCAGAAGUACCAUUCACUACAAAAAUCUUCAGAAAUAUCUAUCACAGCUUGCAGAAGAGAGCCUGAAAAUGAAGGAAGAAGGCAGCCAUCUGCUUCAGGAUGACACUGGAAUUGUUCCUCACUUUACAAAGAAAAAAUUAUGAUGCAGAUAAACUGGAAGAGCUAUAAUGAGUGAAUGCUGAUUUUUUUUUUUUUUUUAAUUUCUCUGAUAUAACUGUCAAUUUGCACUGUACAGAGGAGGGGAAAUAAAGAGCAUGUUCCAUGCAUCUAUGCCCAGAGUGCCAUUAAAAACCAAAAUGCCUGAAACUGUUUCCCACGGUGAAGCAAAACUGGCAUAUCUGUAAGAAGUGGAGCAAUUCUUUCUCACACUCUGCAUGCUGGGAGUGGUUUCCUAGAUUAAAUCAGAAUUCUCAGGGAUUCUUCAAGUUUUAAUUCUGAUGUGACACAUCAGGUCAGGCAGAGUAUUUAGAAGCACUCAGCAUCCUCCAGUGGACGCUGGAAGGAAAGGAGAUGUGACUAUAAAUAGGCUUUAAUGUUGCUUAAAAUAUCUUCAGCCAUUUUACUCAUUAACCCAGUGAGCAGGUUUUGCAUAGGACAUCUAAAGCCAUUGUGCUAAAACUAAUCUGUAGAUGGCAUAAUGUAAACCCCAUCAGCAUCCAUCUCCAUGUGUGUUAGAGCUUGCUGAAAUGAUAGAUAUUUGUGUUGUUAAGCACUGACUGUGUUGUAUGAAUGCAGAGGGAGCCACAGUCUCUGCCCAGGGACCUUACAGCCUGAACCCAGCACAGCGAGAGCAGCUCAAAUGUGCGUGCUGACAGCUAACCUGCUCUGGUUUUCAGCAUUUUCCAUGGUGUGAUCAGGAUGUUCUCCAGGUACUGUUGUGUUUGAGACGCUUCUUUUUGAUAAUUCUAAAGGGUGCCAACUUCGAGUCUUACAGACUUGAAACUCUCAAGAAAGGAUUUUUGAAGUGCCGUGUGUUUGGACCAUGUCACUUUUAGGCAUUUUAUUCAAUCACUUUUAGAGUCUUUCUGUUUUCUUUCAAACCUGCUUUUCCUCAGCUUGGCAAUGUUGAAUUUUCCUGGUUUUCAUGGAAAGAUGCCAGACUUUUAAUAUUGCUUUUGUAUUUUAUUUCCCUGAAUUUUUAAGGUGAACACAACAACUGAUGGCUCACAGUGCUGUGCUGAGAACACAGGAUGCACCAGCAGCUCUGACAUUAUUAUGAGCUAUUGUUUCAGCACAGUUGUUGCUUGGUAUUUUGCAAAGUCCCUUUGAAACGCGCUGUACGAGUUUCUGGUUCAUUUCAAUGGGGCUUUGUGUUGUAAAGUGAAUACGUAUGCAAACCAUUGCCAGAAUUGAUCCCAGAGUUAUGCUUUUAUAAAAUGCACCACACAAUCUAGACAGAUGGGGAUUUGCAGACGUGUUUCCGUUCUUUGCCUUACUUUAAUAUUCAUCACGGUACGUUCUGUAACAGUUGCUGGUGCUAGAUAUCCUGUUGAGAUGUUGCGCAGAGGAAACAGUUUCCCAGAAGGUUCCUACCAUCCCUAAGAACAUUGCAAAAUAUUGCGGAGUGGCCAAAUUGCCAAAACUGCUUCCACCAAAGUAUUUGUUCCAUUAUUGUGCCAGCAGUCAUGUUCACUUUCUGAAGUGUCCUGUGGCCAGGCAAGGUGUUUCAGAGGUGCCUGUCAUUAUUGCCUGAAGCCCUCUUCCAAUUCAUGGCCUGUGCUUUCUGCUUGUUUUUACCAGAGGUGGAUUCAGAUGUCAUAUUUGGAAUUCCUGUUUCUUAUAAGUUGAGGGAUUCUUUGCAUCCCACAUUCAGACGUGGCCUAUCUGAAAGAUGAGGGGAAAUGAAAAGCAUUGCAGCAUAAAUCCUCCUUUGUUCAUACUUGAAGUAUUUUAAGAUUUGGGUCCAUCUGUCAUUUAAAACAGCUUUUUUGUUUUCCCCUAUGUUAAAAAAUAAAUAAAAUUGCAAGCAAGGUAUUUUUCCUUCAAGGGCUGGGCUUUCCUUUGACUGUUUUUUCACAUUGCAGUGAAAUUUGAGCACAGGGCUGUUAGGGCAAAAGCUUAUAUAGCAAGCUAUAAGAUUACGAAAAUGGCAAUAAAGAUUGUGCAACCAUCUUCUAACGCACAGCUCUCAAGCUGGUCAUGUAUCAUCUGAAUAUGAAGUUUCCUUCAUGCCCUUCAGCACAAUCUGAGCACAAGGGAAGGAAAUCACUCCAAAUGCAAGUAUCAAAUCUUUGAAGCUAACCCUGCUAUCAAACCAGGGCUCUCACUGGCCUAAUGGGAGCUUAUUAGACCAUGUGGUUAAGCUUAAUUGGAUGCGAGACGUAGCUGACUCUAUAUCAAAGCCAUGUGCCUCCAGCAACUUUAUCCCCAGGUAACCUCAAAUGAGAAAAGUAUCACUGUUAUUAUUCUUUGUUUGUAUUGCAGUAGAAGCUACAGGUCCACUGCCUUUAUUAUGGGCACAACACAAAUCCACAACAAAGACUUUCCCAGGCCAGAAAGCUUUAAGUCAGACCUUCAGAAAACAGACGACAGGUGGAUACAGGCAGACAGGGAAAGCAAUAGGCAACCAUGAGCUUUUGACUGGCAGCAGCAGAAUUAUUAAAAUGAGUGUUUGCCCAGGGGUUAUCUUGGGAUUUACAGGAGGUAGCUCAAACUACUUCCCCCCUCCUCUGAUUCUGAAUCAGGUUCACUCCCAUUAUUCAUAGCUUGUAUAUUUAACCUCCUCCUUUCUCCUAGCCAGCUGCAUCAGGCACACAGAAUUCCUUCCUGAGAGAGUGGCUCUCAGUAUCCUUCAGUCCCUGACUGAGAUGUGCUUGCUUAAGUUUCAGUCCCUGUUUAGGGCUUCAGAAGCUGGAAUCCUGACCCAGGCUCACCAGGGCCUGUCCUGGCUCCAGAUACCUGGUUUGGGUUGUGGUUCAGGCCCUUGUUUGCAGCUGCAGAAGGAGGAGGCUCCAGAGGCAAGAUGGGAUCCCUGCCCUAUGUAGUUCCCUCUGCUGGAGGGAGGCAACAAGAGGGCGAUGCAGGUGCAGGGCCCAGCCCCGCAGAUGUUACCCAACCCAGGCGUUUGUAGAGGUGGUUUGGCUGCCCCGUUCCUCAGGGCUCUGUCCUGACACAGCAGCGGUCUGUAAAAUCCGGGGUACGGCCAAAUGUUUCUCUUCUCAGCUUCCCUUCUGAGAAAGUCCUUUUUCUCCCUAGAACCCAACACUUUAAAGCAGUUAAAAGCGAUCCCAAGUCUCAACCAAUUCCUAGCGACCCCAAUGAUCAAUUUUCAGCCUGAUUCACUUUGAGAUCUCAGAGAUAAUCUCCUUCCCUCUCCAUGAGGCCAUCACGCAAUGCUGGCAGGCACUCAGCUCCUCAACUUCUUUCUACUACCUAUUCUGCUGAGGAAGAAGGACACUGUAGGCAGAUGCUUUCCUUUCUCAGCGUGUGUAAAAAUGUGUUGUUUCUUUUGGUUUCUUAUAUUUAAAAUCUUUACUUUUUUUAGUUGGCAUAAUUCAUCAUCACUAUAAUCCACGCUGUUUAUUAAUACAUACAUAUACGUGUAUAUAUAUAUAUAGCACAAUGCAGGCUCAGGUCUAGCCAAAAAAAAAUACUGAUAUUUUAAAAAGAGCUUCCUUAAUAUAUACAAACCAUUUCAACACAUCUCAACCAAAGAUUGCACUUUUUGAAUAGGGACUACGCUUUUCAUCUUUGUGAAAUCUGUAUUGAUCUCAAAUAGUCUUUAAUAUCAAUCUGCAACUUACUUUUUUGAAGUAAAACGUAAAAUAAAUAAACAUUUGCCCCAUAAGAUUAGACAGUUUCAUAUUGGCUUUAACACUAAAUUAGUGUUAGGCUGGUUAUAUUCAGGGUUUUUCUAUUCUCUAAGGAUUAAGGCUGUGAUUUAUUGAAUUAUACUUGAACUGGACCAGAUGUAUUAUUUAUUGAGCUUAUAUAAUCUUGUUAAUUUAAGUUUUGGCUUGUAAACAGUUGGAAUUUGUUAGUACUUGUUUAAUUAUGUAGGAACUGUCACCAAUAUUAACUGAUCUGUGUAACUGAUUGCAAA